AUGGCGGGCGAUUCGCCGCAUUCUUCAGGUCACGAAGAUCCAGAAUACCUUCCGGAUGAGAAGGAUCAUGAUUACAAUGACGAUGAAGAUGAAUCACGCCAUGGUGAUUCUUCUUCGAACGAGGACACCAGGUUUAAUCUCAUUCGAUCAUUAACCAGAGACCCGAAUACAGAGCUCUCGAGAAUAGCCUCCGUCUUCUCCCAUGCCGACGAGCAUUCCACUGCUACUGACUCCCUAGCACGGAUAGACACCCUUGCUGGCCUCCAACUCGGAGAUGCCGUGCUGAAUCCAUCCAGCCCGCAGUUCGACUUCUACAAAUGGGCCCGCAUGCUGAUGAAGCUGAUGGAGGAGGAUGGCCUCAAGAGACGACGGACCGGCAUCACCUUCAGGAACCUGAGUGUCUAUGGUUCCGGGCCCGCGCUGCAGUUGCAAAGCACCGUCUCCACACCGAUCAUGGCGCUCUUCCGGUUCCAAGAGACUUUUGGGGUGGGGCGGAGGACACAGAAGCGCAUCUUAAAUAACUUCAAUGGAGCGCUGAGGGAGGGGGAGAUGCUUGUCGUGCUUGGGAGGCCCGGGAGCGGAUGCAGUACCUUUCUCAAGACCAUCUGCGGAGAAACACAUGGGCUUGAGCUGGAGAGGGAGGCCUCGGUUCAAUACAACGGUAUUCCCCAGACGACGUUCAAGAAGGAAUUUCGCGGCGAAGCUGUGUACAGUGCCGAGGAUGAGAAGCAUUUCCCCCAUCUUACCGUUGGUCAGACAUUGGAGUUUGCUGCCGCUUGUCGGACUCCCUCGGCAAGAGUGAUGGGCAUGGCGAGGAAGGAGUUCUCUCACCAUAUUGCAAGGGUGGUCAUGGCCAUUUUCGGCUUGAGCCAUACCGCCAACACCAAAGUCGGUGACGACUACGUCCGAGGCGUCAGUGGCGGCGAACGCAAACGUGUCAGCAUUGCGGAGCUCGGGCUCUCUGGCGCCCCGGUAAUCUGCUGGGACAAUUCAACCCGGGGGCUCGACUCAGCGACAGCUCUUGAGUUUACCAGGGCCCUGCGAGUCGCCUCCGAUGUCAUGGGAGCCACACAGGCCGUGGCCAUCUACCAGGCCAGCCAGGCAAUCUACGACCUGUUUGACAAAGCUGUUGUUCUCUACGACGGGCGCCAGAUCUACUACGGCCCUGCUAACUCCGCCAAGAAGUAUUUCGAAGACAUGGGCUGGUAUUGCCCGCCCCGCCAGACAACUGGCGAUUUCCUCACCUCCAUUACCAACCCGAUGGAGCGGAGAGUCAGGGAAGGGUUUGAAUCCAAAGUUCCCCGAACCGCUCAUGAGUUUGAGACGUAUUGGCGCAACUCGCUGCAAUUCAAGGACGUGCUGGCUGAAAUUGAACAGUGCGAGCACGAACAUCCCGUUGGCGGGCCGGCGCUGGGAGAAUUGCGCGAGGCCCACAACCAGGCGCAGGCAAAGCACGUUCGCCCGAAAUCACCGUACACCAUAACCAUACCUAUGCAGGUGAAGCUGUGUACCACCCGUGCCUACCAGCGCCUGUGGAAUGAUAAAGCAUCGACGAUUUCCAGGGUGAUGGCGCAGCUGAUCAUGUCUUUGAUUAUCGGCUCGCUCUACUUUAACACGCCCCAAGUUACCAGCAGUUUUUUCUCGAAGGGUUCGGUUUUGUUCUUUGCUAUUCUGCUCAAUGCAUUGCUUUCUAUUUCGGAAAUUAAUACCAAAGACUCCCAACGCCCGAUCGUCUCCAAACACGUAUCGUACGCCUUAUACUAUUCCUGUGUCGAAGCUUUUGCAGGGAUCGUCUCCGAUAUCCCCAUAAAGUUGAUAACCAGCACCGUCUUCAACAUAAUCAUCUACUUCCUCGGAGACUUGCGACGGCAGGCGGAUCAUUUCUUCAUUUUCUUCCUUUUCACUUUCAUCACCAUGUUAACUAUGUCUGCAAUAUUCCGGACGCUUGCCGCUGCGACGAAGACAAUUUCCCAGGCUCUCGCAUUCGCGGGAGUCAUGGUUUUGGCUAUUGUCAUAUAUACGGGUUUUCACAAUUCAGCGGUCAUAUAUAUUGUUCCGCCAUAUGGAGAAGGAAUGAACUUCCAGUGCCCAAUCGCCGGGGCGGUGCCAGGCGAGAGAUCGGUGUCCGGCGACGCUUGGGUAGAAUCGCAAUAUGGCUACAAGUACUCCCAUAUCUGGCGGAAUCUCGGCUUCAUCUUCGCAUUCCAGGUCUUUUUCUACGUGCUGUAUCUUACCGCGACGCAGCUGAACACCGCCUCAGCCUCGACCGCAGAAUUUCUUGUUUUCCGUCGCGGUAAUGUUCCGAAAUAUAUGCUGAAACAAAACGAUGAAGAGAAUGACAAAGCAGCUCCUCCUGCUGCAGCUGCAGCUGCUGGGGCUAAUUCCAAGAACGAAGAAGAUAAAACCAACGUCCUUCCCCCCCAGACUGACGUUUUCACAUGGAGGAAUGUAACUUAUGACAUCACGAUUAAGGGAGAGGAUAGAAGGAUCCUUGACCACGUUUCUGGUUGGGUUCGACCCGGUACACUUACAGCACUGAUGGGCGUCUCUGGAGCUGGCAAAACUACCCUGCUCGACGUGCUUGCGCAACGCAUUUCUUUCGGAGUUGUCACGGGGGAUAUGUUUGUCAAUGGAAAGCCCCUGGACCUAUCCUUCCAGCGCAAAACUGGCUACUGUCAACAGCAAGAUCUACAUCUCGAAACAAGCACGGUCCGCGAGGCACUGCGCUUUUCAGCAAUGUUAAGACAGCCACAGAGCGUUUCCAAGCAGGAAAAAUACGAGUUUGUUGAAGACGUGAUUAAGAUGUUGAACAUGGAGGAUUUUGCGGAAGCGGUUGUUGGUAGCCCUGGUGAAGGACUCAAUGUUGAGCAGCGGAAACUCCUCACUAUCGGGGUUGAACUGGCUGCAAAACCGCAACUACUGCUCUUCCUUGACGAACCGACUUCUGGCCUUGACUCACAAAGUGCUUGGGCGAUUGUUACUUUUCUCCGGAAGCUUGCUGACCAUGGCCAAGCUGUGCUCUCCACGAUCCACCAGCCGUCCGCGGUGUUGUUUCAAGAGUUCGAUAGACUGCUGUUGCUGGCAAAAGGUGGAAAGACGGUCUAUUUUGGCGAAAUCGGGAAGAACUCUGAGACCAUGCUCAAUUACUUCGCGGCCCAUGGUGCUGAGCGCUGCCGUCCCGACGAGAAUCCAGCAGAAUACAUGCUGAACGUUGUGGGGGCAGGUCCUAGUGGUAAAUCGACGCAGGAUUGGGCGGCGGUGUGGAAUAACAGUCAAGAAGCGAAGCAGGUCCAGGACGAAUUGGAUCGUAUACAUGCGGAGAAGGCAGAGAAACACGAUCCUACGGCUGAUCAACAGGCCGUGACACAGGAGUUUGCGAUGCCCAUGACUUCGCAGAUCUACUACGUUACGUUUCGAGUUUUCCAACAAUACUGGCGAACGCCGACAUACAUCUGGGGAAAGUUCUUGUUGGGCUUCAUGUCUGCCGUCUUCAUAGGAUUCUCAUUCUAUAAACAAAACUCUUCGUCCUCGGGGCUUCAAAAUACGCUCUUCGCGAUAUUCAUGUUGACAACAAUCUUCACGAGUUUGGUCCAGCAGAUUAUGCCCCGAUUCGUCACCCAACGCUCCCUCUUCGAAGUCCGCGAACGUCCAUCACGAACCUACGGCUGGAAAGCCUUCCUCCUCGCAAACAUCAUAGUCGAAAUCCCCUACCAAAUCCUCCUAGGCAUUGUAGUCUGGGCAUCCCUAUACUUCCCGGUCUUCGGCAAGAACCAAACUUCAGAGCAGCAGGGCACAUUCCUCAUCUACUCCGUCCAAUUCAUGAUAUUCGCCUCCACCUUCGCCCACAUGGUAAUCGCCGGCCUUCCCGAUGCAGAAACCGCCGGGCACAUCGCCACAACCCUCUUCAGCUUGUCCCUCACUUUCAACGGCGUCAUGCAGCCUCCCCGCGCUCUCCCCGGCUUCUGGAUCUUCAUGUGGCGCGUCUCGCCGUUGACCUACACCGUGGGUGGCCUGGCCGCCACGGGCCUCCAUAACCGCAUCGUCAACUGCGCCGAGAACGAGUUCGCCAUCUUCAAUCCGCCCAGCGGCGCCACGUGCGGACAGUAUCUGGCGGAGUUCUUCGCUGCGGGUGCCCAGGGCCAACUGGAAGACCCGAACGCAACACAGGGAUGCAGGUAUUGCUCUUUGAGAAAUGCAGACCAGUUCCUUGCCCGCUCGGAGGUAUUCUGGUCACAGCGCUGGCGCAAUUUCGGGCUCGGUUGGGCGUAUAUUGGGUUUAACGUGUUUGCGGCUGUCGCGCUGUACUACAUGCUCCGGGUGCGAACUUCGACGGGCAAGACUCGGAAACGGGCUAGUUUGGUGAAGCAUUAUGUGCGGUGGGUUGGGGGUUGGGUGCGGGCGUUGUUUACGACGAGGAUUGAGAAGACGCCCGAGGAAAAGAUUCAUGUGAAUGAUAGGAUUCUUUGA